AUGAACGCCCCAGCCUUCGUCCCCACGAACGCCCCGGCCCUCAACCCGUCCGCCUCGACGGUCCCCAGCCUCUCCGUGCGCCCGGCCGCGGCGGCCCCCGUGCUACCCCCGCGCGCCCCCGCGCUGGUAUCCGCGCCUGCGCUACGGACGGACCUGCUGCCCGCGCGCGCGGCCGCGGGGCAUCUCGGCGACGCGGCCGUGGGCAAGGGCACGGGCACCAUCGUCGUGCUGUUCCGCUCCGAUCUGCGCCUGGACGACCACCCGGCCCUGUCGCACGCCAUCGAGGAGGCCGCCACCGUCGUCCCCGUCUACUGCUUCGAUCCGCGCCACUUCGGCCGCACCGAGUACGGCUUCGAGAAGACCGGCCAGUACCGCGCAAAGUUCCUGCUGGAGAGCAUCGCCGGCCUCCGCAAGUCGCUGCAGGAGAAGGGCGCCGAUAUCGUCGUCAGGCGCGGCAACCCCGAGGACGUCCUGCCCGACCUUUGCAAGAAGCUCGGCUCGAAGAGAGUCUUUGUGCAUAAGGAGGUCACGUACGACGACCAGCAGGUCGAGGCCGCCCUGGCCACCGCCCUCAAGAAGCAGGGCGCCGAGCUCUCGUCCUUCUGGGCCAAUACUUUGUAUCACGAGGAUGAUUUGCCGUUUGAUAUCCGCACCAUGCCCGAUGUGUACUCGGACUUUCGCGAGUCUGUUGAGAAGCGCGGCAACAUCCGCGUCCCGCUCCCCGCGCCCGACAGAAUGCCCAACAUGCCUAAAGGCCUGCGUCCAGGCAAGAUCCCCACCCUGGAGGCCCUCGGCAUUCGCACCAACAUCGUCUACUCUACGCGGCCCCCGUCUGCUACGGGCGUCAGCGCUGUCACCGGCGGGGAGAAGGAGGCCCACCGGCGCGUCCAGGCCUACGUCGAGGAGACCAACCGCUUCGACGCCAAGCAUAGCCCCAAGUCUGUCACACCCAAGAAUUUGGGAGCCGACUUUUCCUGCCGCAUCUCCCCAUGGCUUGCGCUGGGCUGCGUUUCCCCACGGAGGAUCUUUGACGAGAUGAAGAAGGCCAUCCGUAACCCCCAGGAGUUGAUGAGGUCGUCCACAUACUUUGAGCUCGUCUGGCGCGACUUUUUCCGAUGCAUCACUGCCAAAUACUCGAGCAAGCGUGCAUUGGCCAAGUCCUCCCGCUCAGGCAUUGAGUCGGCACGGACCACACGCCGAGCAUCACUUGUGGGGGCGUAA